AUCACAUCAGUCAUCGCGAGUCAGUUACUCAACAAUACAGCAAACAAUGUCUCUCUUCAGCUCUUGGCAUCACUUUUACCACUCAUUUUGGACUCUAUUUAACGCCAUUUAGCAUGAAAUCUGACGAAACAAAUGUCGGACAUCUGGAAGAAGAGGCCCGCAAGAGGAAGGAAAGGUUGGAUCGGCUGAAAGCCAUGACUGCCAAAGAAAACGGUGACAAUAAUUCACACGAUAGACACGCUUUGCCUAAACCAACUUUUCGUUCAUAUAAUCCAAACGACGAGAAACUGAAAGAGAGAUCUUUGCCGAAAGGAAAGCCGGAAUCGGUCGAGGACCAAAUCAAAGACCAAUUGUCUGAAUCCAAAGAAGAGCCAGUGAUCGACGAAGUGGACUUAACGAGUUUAGCGCCGCGUAAAGUGGAUUGGGAUCUGAAGAGGAAUCUACAGAAAAAGUUUGAUAAACUCGAGAAUAGGACACAGAAGGCAAUCGCAGAACUGAUCCUGGAUUGGGAUCUGAAGAGGAAUCUACAGAAAAAGUUUGAUAAACUCGAGAAUAGGACACAGAAGGCAAUCGCAGAACUGAUCCGAGACCGACUUCGAGAGUCUUCGGGAACCGAUUUAGCGGCCGCUACUCAAGACUUGGAGUCCACACAAAAAGCCGACGACUCGGACGACGAUUAAUACCACUCUUUUUAUAUCAAACCAUAUCUUGAAUUUAAUUUCAUUAAUAAAUCAUUUUUAAAAAUUAUUUUCAAAUAUCCA